UCCGGCGGCGAAGCGCAGCGCCAUGCCCGCGGGGCCCAGCCUGCUGCGGGCGGCAGAGGCGGCGCGGGGGGAAGAGAGAUGGUAGACUGAAAAGGUGCUUCCCUUCCUACCCAGAGGACAUGCGCCCCCAGUUCCGCGUGAACUCGGACAUUGCAGACUGGCUUGCUUCCAUCCACCUGGAGAGGUACCUGAACACCUUCCGGCAGCUCGGCUAUGGCUCAGUGAGAGAUGUGAUCUCUCUGGGUAAAGAGGAUCUGCAGAAGCUCGGCAUCACGGCCACUGGGCACCGCAAAAGGAUUCUGAACCUGGUGCAGCAAACUCAGCUGCUCGCAGGGGGCAAAAACUGCCACAUGGCAGGGGAUGAGCGUCACAAGUUUGGCAAAUGUGCAGAUUCUCUGGAAGGUCCUACACCAAAGAACGGCAUUGGCAGAAGCAAAGACAUCUCAGCAGGAACUGUUUCGGGCCUGGUGAUUGGCCAUGAUCCCGUGGAUCACACCCUUCCUCUGUCUCCAGAUAAGGAUCCAGCUGCUCUGGUGGCUAAGCCGGUACCCAAGCCCAGGACUCUGUUCCCUGGUGCACGGCCAGGCGCCAAGCUGGAGCAGGACUCGGUACCACCAGCACGCACGCCUCUGCCUGCAAGUAAAACCCCUUCUGGCUCUGAAGACGCUCCAAGAAGCCGUGUCGUUGUGGAGGGAUUUGGUCCUGGGCAAAGCACUGCGGACGCCAAGGGAGCCCAGGCUGGGCUGAGCCCUCCAGUCCCCGAGGCCGCCCGGCCACCCCAGAGCGGGCCCAGGGAGAAGAACGCUGGGCCUGCUCGGCAGCUUUUGGCUCCUCUGCACGAACGGAGCCGCAAGGCCAAGCAUGUGCCGGGCGCCUCCUGUGCUUCCACCGUGACCUGUUUUCCCUACACAAUCCAGCCUGCAGGCAGCUGCCCAGCAGAACCCGUUCCAGCGGCUGCCGCUGUGCUGAGAGAGCCGUUGCUGGUCCAAGCUGCUUUUGCCAGAGCGGCCUCCCUGCGGGAAAGGACUGAGUUGGUGCCGGGAGGUCCCUGGGACAGCGCUGAGCUCCGGCCUUCUCCAGCCACCAGUGUGGGGGGGAAGGAGGAUCUGAGGAAUCCGCCCGGCAUACCAUCCCCAGACCGGGCCGUGCAAAAUGGGACUCUCAGCGGGGAGCAGGCGAGUUCCCUGGGGCAACCCUGCCUAGGCCUGCCCCACGUGCCACAGUCGCUUGUCAACAGAACAGACCCUGUUGAGGAACUCAUCAGCCCCUACAGUGAGGGCAUGUUUGGACAUUCAUGGCCUUCCCAGGAACAGGAAUAUGAAGAGUUGCCUGAGUGCAUGCCGAGCCGGGGCGAAGACGGAAGAGGAGGAGGGCCCCUGAACGGAAGCUGCAGCAUAGAAGAAGCAAAACCAGCUGGUAAGAGUGGGGCCAGCCUUCUCCGUCGCACUGCCCCGAAUGAGACCGAGGGCUAUUCUGCAGUGGAGGCCCCCCGGACUGGAGACUCGCCGCUCAGACUCUCCAACCCAUUGCACUUGGAUGAAGCCUUAGACGACUUGACCAUCUCCCCUUACGCCAGCUACACCUCCCUGUCGGAGCGCCCCCCCACCGUGCUCAGUGGCUGGCUGGACAAGCUCUCCCCGCAGGGGAACUAUGUUUUCCAGCGCCGAUUUGUCAGAUUUGACGGGAAAUACCUCAUGUAUUUCAACAACGAGAAGGAGCCCUACCCAAAAGGCCUGAUUCCUCUCUCGGUCAUUGAGAUGGCCCGCUCCACCAAGGACAACAAAUUCCAGGUGGUCACAAGUCACCGGAUCUUUGUCUUCCGUGCGGAAAGUGAAGCCCUGCGGAACGACUGGUGCAGCACCCUGCAGCAGAAAGUGGCUGAGCAGCGCCUGCUUUCUCCCCGGCCUCCCCUCAGUGGUGGCAUGCUGCUCCAGAAAUCGGGCUGCCUGGAGCUCAAGGGCUACAAGUCCAAGGUCUUUGUGGCGCUUAUCCUGUCUGAGAUGUGGCUGUACAAAAGUGAGCAGUUCUUUAAAAUGGGCAUUGCCGUCUGCCUGAUUGAGAUGCAUGGCUCCACCAUUCGAGAGGCGAAAGGCCGCAGCUUUGAGCUCAUCACCCCCCUCAGGAUCUUCAGCUUUGGAGCAGAGUCUGAGCGGGAGAAGCGGGAGUGGAUGGAGGCCUUGCAGAACGCCAUUGCUGAGACGCUCUAUGACUAUGAGGUGGCGGAGAAGAUCUGGUCGAACAAAGCCAACCGCUUCUGUGCCGACUGCCGCACCCUGAACCCUGACUGGGCAUCCGUCAACCUGUGUGUGGUGAUCUGCAAGCAGUGCGCAGGUCAGCACCGGAGCCUGGGCUCCAGCAUUUCUAAGGUGCAGAGCCUGAAGCUGGACACCAGUGUCUGGAGCAAUGAGAUGGUUCAGCUAUUCAUUGUGCUGGGGAACGAGCAGGUGAACAGGUUUUGGGCAGCCCGCCUCCUGCCCUCAGAGGCCUUGUACCCCGAUGCCAGCGCAGAGCAGAGGCGAGAGUUCAUCACCCGCAAGUACCGCUACGGUCUUUACCGCUUGCCACAUCCCCAGUGCAGCAGCCAGGAGCAUGUGUUGCAGGCUCUACGUGCCGCUGUUUCUGGGGCUGGGCUGCUGAAGACGAUGCUGCAGUUCUUUGCAGCCACCACAGAAGGUGAAGCGUAUGAGGCUGUUUCGGAGGCCGGGAGAGGCCAGCAGUGGAGCAGCCCCGGCAGUUUUGGUGUGGAGGAACUGAGCUCAGAAGGGGUCUACAAUGAGGUCACCCAGCCAGUGGUCCAGUGUGGCUACCUGUACAAGGCCCCAGCCAUGACCAAACUUGCAGUUUCCAAGAAAAGCAGAGAGGAAUUUCAGAGGGUCUGGUGCUCCCUGGAGAAGUGCCUUCUCUUCUACGAGAGUGACAAGAGUAUGGAGCCCCUGGGGAAGGUAGAAAUGGAAGAGGUGAUGUCACUGGGUGUCACCAGAGUAUAUGCACUGACCAGUCCUGGCUCCUCAGACAGGUUUUCCUUCACGCUGGAACUGUAUCUGAGCAACGAUCGAGUGCAGCCCCUUGGGGCGGACGGGCCAGACGCGCUGCAGUCCUGGGCCAGUGCCCUUGGCAAGUGGUUUACCCCGCUCUGCUGUCACUGCCUGCUGAGCUACGAGUUCCAGAGGGUGGGCAGGCUGAGCUACAAGUCCAUGCUGAAUCCCAGUCAGUGGCUGCAAGGCUUCUUCGUCCUCCAGAAGUCCCACCUCUUCAUCUGCCCCAAGGAAGAAGAGGGGGCCGCCGAGGACAGCAUCAACUUGCGGCAGCUGCAGGAGCUCAAUGUUGUCCCCCUUGCUGAAGAUCCAGAGAAGAAAGAGAUGCUAGUCCUUGUGGAGAUGGGGCGGACCUUCCAUCUCCAAGGAGUAUCUCGGCUGGACUUCUCUGCGUGGUGCGUGGCUAUCCAGGCCUCGGCGGGGGGCCAAGGGAAUGCCUUGCGGGACCAGCAGCUCAGCCGCAGCGGCAUCCCCAUCAUUGUGAACAGCUGUAUUGCAUUCAUCACCCAGUAUGGGCUGCAACAUGAAGGCAUUUAUCGGAAGAAUGGAGCCAAGUCCCGUAUAAAAGCUCUGAUGGAGGAGUUCCGACGCGAUGCCCGAAACGUCAAGUUGCGCAUCAGUGACAAUUUCAUCGAGGAUGUGACGGAUGUGCUGAAAAGGUUCUUUCGGGAGCUGGAGGAUCCUGUCUUCACCACUCACCUGCACCCCCAGUGGAAAGAAGCUGCAGAAAUUUCCCAGAAGCCCCUGCGACUGGAACAGUACAAGAAGCUGAUAAGCCACUUGCCUCAUGUCAAUCACAGGACUCUGGCUGCUCUGAUUGGCCACCUGUACCGGGUUCAGAAAUGUGCCGACCUCAACCAGAUGACCACAAAGAACCUGGCUCUGCUCUUCGCACCCAGCCUCUUCCAGACUGACGGCAAAGGAGAACACGAGGUCAAGGUGAUGGAAGACCUGAUUGACAACUAUGUCCACAUCUUCAAUCUCUCCCAGGCUGGGGAUCUCAUUCUUGAAGCUUACCUAGAGCAGAAGAACCCUGACUGCUGUGUCACUCUCAAGGUGUCCCCGGUGAUGACAGCAGAAGAGCUGACCAAUCAGGUGCUGGAGAUGCGGAACGUGGCAGCCAGUGUGGACCUCUGGCUGACCUUUGAGGUCUUGGAGAACGGGGAGCUUGAGCGCCCCCUGCAUCCCAAGGAGAAGGUCCUGGAGCAGGCCCUGCAGUGGUGCAAGCUGUCCAAACCUGGCUCUGCCUACUUGCUGGUCAAGAAGGUGCCCAUCAGGGAAGGCAGCUGCCUCUUUACAGGUACCAGGCGUGAAAGCCCCAAAUGCGGGCUGCUGAAAUGUCGUGAGGAUCCGCCCCGGCUUCUGGGGAGCAAGUUUCAGGAACGCUACUUUGUCAUCAAAGACCGCAAGCUGCUUCUGCUCAAGGAGAAACGGAGUGCCAAGCCAGAGCGGGAGUGGUUGCUGGACCGGGCCAAGGUUUACAUGGGUGUGCGGAAGAAGCUGAAGCCGCCCUCACAGUGGAGUUUCACUCUGGCCCUGGAAAAGCAGCAGCUGUAUUUAGCAUGCGCAGGGCCCUCUGAGCUGUGGGACUGGACCACCAGCAUCCUGAAAGCCCAGCACGAUGGCCUGCGCCCCGUGAUUCUGCGUCGACACUCCUCUUCUGACCUGGCGAAGCAGAAGUUUGGCACCAUGCCCCUCAUCCCGCUGCGAGGAGACAGCACCAAUCCCAUCAUGCUGUCCGCUAACCAGACCUUGCGCCGCCUGCAUACGCGAAGGACAUUAUCCAUGUUUUUUCCCAUGAAGAUGCACCAGGACUCUCUGGAGGAGCAGCAGGAGGCAGCUGAGCCGGAGCCCGUCUACGAGGAAGUGGGCAGCUUCCCAGCGGAAGGCUUCCUGGAGCUCAGCCAUCACCUUCUCCCCCCUGUAGACCGGACCAAGAAGCCAGCCCCCUGCCCCGAGCAAGGGCAGCUCAGCUCCCUGCCCCCCUGCCCUGCCCCGAGAGCACCUGGGACGGACCCCGCAAAGGCCCACUCCCUGGAGAGGGGCUUGUGGCUGGAGCCGGAUAAGGCCACCAUGAUCAGCAGGCUCCCCAGGCACAGGGCGAUCCCCAGCGCCCUUGCAGAGAGAACAGCCAAGCCACCCCAGGGGUUGCCUGCCCCCCACAGGGAGCAGGAGAAGUUGCCUGCGCUGCCAGCCCCUCCUGCGGAGACACCGCCUGCCCUGGGCACGCAAGCUGACGGGGCGAGGAAGAAAAACCUCUCUCUCAGUGACAGACUCCCAGAGGGACUGAGCACGGCCAUCUUGCAGAAGAACGAAGGCCAGGCCCCCCUGGCACCGGGACUGCAGGACCUCCCGGCAGCGGCUGAGGACCAAGUCCAGCGGCAAGGAUCUGGCCCCUCUGAACUGGGGACGGGGCUCAGCACUGGUUCGGGCCUGUAAGAAUGGGUUAGGAGGCAUGGGGCGGGGCUCCAGCACUGGCUGCCCCCUGCCACUCUGGACUGGUGGAGAAAGGCAAAUGAGCAGACGGCCCACCCCAUGGCUCUCAGAUGCCCCCCUCCCUCCCUCCCCUGUCCGGCAGAAAUGGAUUAUCGUUCGAAAUCUCGUUAGAUGAGGAGGUGGAAGAAGGUAGGCCCACCCCCGCCUCCCGCUGCCUGCUCAUAUCUGUCUGAAAUACAGUGAUGUAAUGCUCAGGGCCGUGUCUCUACCACAGCGAAGGCUGGGUGGGGGGACUGCAGAAUUCAGCUUCCUCAGAGUCUCAGCUUCCACUUUUCAGUUUUCAGACCUUCUGACUGAGAAGAGAAACUGGCGUGUGUGUGUGUGUGUGUGUGUGUGUGUGUGUGUAAUACCUGCUGCAAUCUCAGGAAACAGAUGGGUGGUUGCAGGGCUUUUUUUCGGGGGAAAGAGGUGGUGGAACUCAGUGGGUUGCCCUCGGAGAAAAUGGUCACAUGGCUGGUGGCCCUGCGCCCUGAU